GCAUAGAGAAACAAGAACCUACACAGCGCGAGGACCUGCAUCUUCAGCUCCUCCUGUAGUGGUAGAUUCUGUUGUGCGCGGCUUAGCUGAUUAUCGUGCGCGGUGUCUGUUACAGAACGGACGCUUGUUGAACAGCGAAAAUUGCGUUCACUACGUUCCUGAUUUUGUGGGCAACGCUUGUUCGGACGCUUUGUUCGAAUCUCUCAUGAAGACAAUUCGAUGGUCCAAGAACGAUAGGAAUGCGCGCUUAACAGCUUACUUUAAGGCUUUACAAACAGAGAUGAAUGUUGCUAAGAAGAAUAACGAAAAAAGGUUGGGCUCGUCAAAGACCGUGUGCCUUUCUGGCUAUAGAGUGAGUCGAGGUGCGCUAUCCUGUCGUAUCCUAUGUAUCCUAUCCUAUCCUAUCGGAUCCUCUCCUAUCGGAUCCUAUCCUAUCGGAUCCUAUCCUAUGCUAGCGCCUUUGAUUCACAUUUUGUCGGUUCCAUUUCUAAUAAUUUCGGAGGAUCAACAUCGUCUUCUAGUCUCCCAUCAAGCGAUAGGGAGAGGACGAGCACUUCAAGUCUCCUAUCCAGCAGCAAUACCAAUACUAGCAGGGACGAGAGCUCGAGUAAGUCGGAGAGCUCCAAGAUCUCAAGCAAUCGGGAGACCAACAGCGGCAAAGGCUUCUCCCUGUUACCCUGGCCACCAGAGCUUCUGCAGAUCAAGAAACGGGUCGAGGAGUGGUACAAGGUGAAAACAGGAAUACUCUUGCGGUUUACGGUGUGCGUGUGCAAUUUGUACCGAGAUGGCUCAGAACAUAUCGGUUGGCACACUGAUAAAGAGGAAAUACUAUGUUAAGACCCUGCACCUUCUGUUUCUUGUUGUAGAUGUUCUUGAACAAUAUUAUUUUUUCCUUCCUGUUUCAUUUUUAUACACUUGUUCCAGCAUUUCUAAGACCACCUACGUCCUCCGGAAUUUUUUAGGAGUCGUAUUUUCUAUGCAUAUCUUCUUCUUACUACCACUUCAGGAUUAUGAAAAAUGAACAUUAAUUACGUUUGUCUUCUAACUCUGGGCAGCCGAGCCGUCAUGCAAGAUGGAAGGACUUCCUCGUCCUCCAGAUGCGUCGCUGGAUGAUACCGAGACAACUUCAAGAUCCCAUACCACUGCUUUUCCGACAUCAACUUCAAAUUCUAGUACAGCCUCGCCUCCUCAGACAUCAACUUUGUUGAGUCCUCGCACUUCCUCUCCUCCUCUCGCGCCUCCGAUCGCAUCGAUCUCUUUAGGCGCAAGUCGAGACUUUCUACUGCGUAGUGUCACACAACGUGAGGACCGCCUACACCUGCGUCUGCACUCGGGCUCCUUACUGCUGAUGCAAAACGCCUGUCAGCACCAGUACGUACACUUAUGACAAAGUACAAAUAUUUAAAGCGCAUGUCUAUGUCCUGAACUACACCAAUAUACGUACAUUUAUGACAAGAAAGUACACACUCAAAUGAUCCUACAUUAAUAAGCAAAUACUAACCUGUAGUCAGCUGCGCCAGUACACUUAUAAGUAUAACCGUUUCAUUCAUAUGUGAACGACAGUACUUACUUAUGUAGUUGAUCAACAUGUGUAAUCUGCAAGGUUUAGGUUGUUGUAAGCUAAUCUUGACAGGAUGUACCCCCAUGCACUACCCAACAACGCGAGCGCCUCAGUUUGAGGACUUUGGAAAGCUUUACCCCCCGUCGGUGGCUGUUCCCUUGUUUGUUGGUAAGCUCGGUACAGCUUGUGGCAUUACUCAUACCCGUCACAUCGGUAACCGCGGUUUUACUCGAACCCGGCUCGUCCAAGCUGGUGCGGCCUGGCCGCGGUUUGGUGGACCCUCAACCUUAGCCUUAUAACCUUAAUCUCAUGUUACUUCUGCCUCUAACAGCCUGCGUUCCACGGGAGAAAGGGUGCAAAAGUCCACGCCUAAAUCUGACGUUUCGCUGUGUGCCCGAUUGGUACUUGGAUCAGAGGAGGAAGAGUUACUUUUGACCCUUUACAACGUCUCUCUAGUAUGUACCUUGUAGAUGAGAAGAUGACUACUAUUGAUAAAAGAUAUUCCCCUGCUCAUCCGGCGUUUGAUGCAGGAGAAGAUGACUACUAUUGGGUUGAUAAAAGAUAUUCCCCUGCUCAUCGUCCGGCGUUUGAUGCAGCGUGGGACUGACGCUGAUCCCCCACUCUCAUCCAAAAUCUAAAGGCCCAAUUUGAUUCGCACGAAGAUAAGACUCCACUCAGUUGUGACUCCAUCAACAACGAGUAAAAGCAACAUCAAGAUGCUGUAGCUGCGGGCGAG